AGUAAACACGGAAGUAAACCGUUACUGGCGACGCUUUCAACAUAUUUGAACUAUCACAAGAAACUGAUUUUUAUUCUUAUUUUUAUUUUUAUUUUUCCUGAUAUUUUAUUACGUGAUUUAUUUUAACAUAUAAUUUAGGCUUGUGUUCCAAACCGUAUAGGAGCUUAAUGAGAAAAACAGCUUGUAGUGUUUUAACUCUGGGGUUCAUUAUGAUUCGGUUCAUCAUGAUUCGGUUCAUCAUGAUUCGGUUCAUCCCGAUCACCUCAUUCGCUCUGUGUCUCUCUCCAAACGAGGCGAAUUUACCGCUUGUUAUAAACACCUGGGGCUUUGAGAAGGCCACUUUAACAGCAUGGCGCUCCCUGCAGUCAGGUUCGUCUCCUCUGGACGCUGUACAGAGUGGAUGCUCUGCGUGUGAGGAGGAUCAGUGUGACGGCAGUGUGGGUUUCGGUGGACAUCCUGAUGAGACAGGAGAGACCACACUGGAUGCCCUCAUCAUGAACGGUGAUACGAUGGAGGUGGGAGCGGUGGGAGGUCUGAGGAGGGUGAAGAACGCAGUGGGCGUGGCUAGAGCUGUGAUGGAGCACACGCUACACACUCUGAUAGUGGGAGAAUCAGCAUCAGUGUUCGCUCAGGACAUGGGCUUCAGAUCUGAAAGUCUGUCCACUAACGAGUCCAUGCAAACUUUCUCCGAGUGGCUGAAUCAGAAAUGCCAACCCAACUACAGGAGGAGUGUUUUUCCGGAUCCUGCCGUGUCGUGUGGGCCGUAUAAACCCCGAGCUGAAGCGAAGCCGAGGCAGAAGCGUGGAUUAGUUACCCUCAGCUCCCACGAUACCAUCGGAAUGAUUGUGAUUGGACAGAGCGGUCAGGUGGUUGCUGCAACAUCUACCAACGGAGCGUCUCAUAAAGUUCCAGGCCGUGUCGGUGAUUCGCCGAUCGCAGGCGCCGGGGCGUACGCAGACAGCUCAGUAGGGGGCGCUGCAGCCACAGGGGACGGUGACAUCAUGAUGCGUUUCCUACCAAGUUUUUUAGCGGUGGAGUUGAUGAGGUCAGGAGCCACGCCCACCGCCGCCUGCAAUAGCGCCAUCUACAGGAUCAAAAAGCAUUACCCAGAAGUCUUUGGGGCGAUCAUCUGUGCCAACAGUACAGGCGGAUUCGGUGCAGCGUGUAAUAAAAUCUCAGGCUUCCUGCAGUUUCCCUUCACAGUCUUUAAUCCCCAGAGCAACAAACCGCAACUGUACAAAGUCGACUGUGUGUAACACACACACACACACACACGCGCACGCAAGCACACACACACCACUCCUCUGUAACACUGAAUGUAUUUAAUGUAUGUAAUUAUUUACAUUUGAAAAAAGAAAUCAAGAUUUUUUGCCAACAAAUUUAAAUAAACUUUAUAAUAGUGA